AUGUCUUCGGGCAUGGGUAUAAACAUCAUCUAUUUGAUCGAGAGGAUUGAUCGCCACCCCCGCAACAUGCCAGCCAUAAAACGUAGGGGAUAUGCGGUUGAGGUUGUUGGUAUCGCUAUGCAGGGCGGUUGUACCGCGGACGCUGUCAAGGGUACCGUACUCGACUACAUCCGCGUCCUUAGACGCAAGAUCGAUUUUGCCAGCAAUGCCGAGGAAGUCGCCCAGCUUCGUCACAGGGAGAUUCUCUGUGGUGAUAUCAUCGCCACCGUUUGCGAGCUCAACCAAAAGGCUACUAUCCACAAAAAUGUUGAAGUUGUCGUCAAUCAAGACGCUUUGGUCGAUGAGAACGAUGUCGACAUUGACGACUUCGUUCAUGUCCACGAGAGCAGCGCUGAGGGGUUCGAGGCGGAAAGUGCCGAUUGGGAACUUCUAUGA